AUGUCGGCCUCGUCUCACAUCGAUCCUCAUGGCCUUGAUCCCAACGAGGUUAUAAACAGCUGUAUUAAUGAUACUGAUAAAUAUUUAAGAGAAUUACUUAAAAUCCGUUUCGAAGUCGAAUGUUCAGUUACAAUUGGAGAAGAUUUCUAUGAAGAAGCCACAAUUCAUCUUUCUUCACAAUUUCUUUGCAUUAAAAUACCAGGAGAACACCCGAGCAUCAUAAAUCUAUUUCUUCCUCUGUAUAACAUGGGUUUCAGAGAGGUAGAAGAUGAAACAUCUGGCAAAUAUAUCCUUUCGAUAUCUCAAAAGUACAAAUCAGAGAGUCUAAACUUUCCAUUAAUCGAAAUUGUUUUCAGAGACGGCGAAUACCUUGCUAGAUUUGCUAAAACAGUGAAGUUCUGUGAUGAGAUCUACAAGCACUUUUAUACUUCGACAUAUGAAGUCAACAAAGUCCAAUUUAUUUUGGAUAAUGUAAAUUGUGUUGCAAAACUCCAAGUUACACUUGAUUCGAUACAAUGCAUUGAUAAGAACAAGGUUCUACUUAAAAUUCCAAGAGAUGACAAAAUGGAAUCAAUUUUGAUGCAAAAUUAUCCAUCAGACCAUUCAUUACAGAGUUUACAACACGAAAACUCGAAGUUAUUCUUCCAAAUCCGAAAUUCCGUUGCAAUUUUGGACUUUUUCAGCAUUGAAAAAUUUGAAGAAAAUUUAAUUCCUCAAAAAACGUUUUUACAAGUGAAGAAAUUCCUUCUUUACAUGUUCUCACCGAUCAAGAAGUCGGAAGGCAUCAUUUCGGAUGUUUUUGAGUUUGAUGUUCCCGAAAUUCAAUCUGCAUUAGCUUCAUACGAUCUUGAGAAGCUUCUUGAUGGCGAUUACGUUGCAGAAACACCCGACAACAAACAUCAAACAACGAAACAGUUCUUCCAAACCGAUGUAUCAACAGAUGCCGAAAAUUUCAUGUCACAAAUGCAAGAAAAGAUCGAAUACUACAAAGAAGAAAUGAAGAAAGAAGAAUUACGUCAACAAUCGAAGUAUGAAAUUGAAAAUGAACUCUCUACAAUCAUGGCAAAAAUAACCGCUGAUUGUGAAAACAAAUUCCCAUAUCAAACAAACGAAAGUGACAUCAAAAGAGACACAAUCAGUCUUGAAAUGUAUGAAUCACUUAGCAAUAGAUUAUAUGAGAUAUUGUCUGAUGCGAAACCCGGCCAAGUUCGAGAAUUAAAAGUAAAAUUCGGUUUGGCAACGAAUGUUACUUAUGACAUGUUUAUGGAAAAUUUGAGAAAAUACAUUGCAGAAAAUACUCCAAAAUUACGUGGAGAUUUAAAGGUGAAAAUAAGGGAAGAACGCAUGAAAGAGUUAAUUGCUAAUUCAGGCAUGGGAACACAAAUACAUCAAUACGGAGAACCCGAUGAAUUUGUUUUAAUUAUUACACCUUGUUAUCCUGUUUUAGACAUCAGAGUAUUUAAAGACACUGAUCCUGAAUUCGAACUGGAAUCAACUGUUAUUAACAGUCCAUUUAUUGCUACUGAUAUCCCUGAUAAAUACUAUAAACCUGUGAAUCUCAAAUACAUUCAUGAGAUACAAAAACAGUAUCUUCCUGAAGAAGGAGAAGAAUUAAAAGUUGUUCAAGUUCAAGGUCAUGAUUAUAAAAUCAAUGUUCCUAAUAGUAAUGCUUAUAAGAACGCUAUAACAGUUAUAGCAAAUGUACAACCAAACACUAAAUCUAUAAUUGCAGCAAGCGCUUUGUUGAAUAACUUGACUGGUUCUCAUGAAGGAAAAGGUGUAAAUUAUGUAAAAUUUGGAAAACAACUCAAAAAAUUGAAAUUCAAAGUUAGAGAUAUAGAAACUGUUAUUAAAUUGUAUCCGAUUGUUGAUAUACCUUCAACUAUUGUAUUCUUUAAUCAUCUGCUUGAAAGAGAUGCUUGUUCAACUUUCUUUAAUUCUCUUGAAACAAUGUAUGAUUUCAAACAAAAUAAUUAUGAAAGUGAUUCAAUUAUGUUAGUUCCAAACGCAUGCACGAAAAUAGCUAAGCAAUUGGAAGGAGCAAUAACUACUUUGGCUGAUCCUGCAAGUGAACUUUUGUUCGAUGAUGUAGAAAGUCCAAUUGUAAGAAUAACUAAUAAUGUUUCGAAGUUUUUGUUGUAUGAAACUAAUGAUAAGAAAUCAAUAAAUCAAGAACCAAAAGUUACUCCUUCUUUUGCUUUGGAAUUUGAGGGAGAUAUAGAGCUAUCAAUUCAAUAUCUCAGUCUUGUUUUUGCUGAUUUCGUUAGAAUUAUUUCAUAUCCUUUGGAUUAUAAUGACUUGAAUUUGAUGCAAAAUAUGUGGGACUUUAUCAAAUUAGUUACACCGAAAAUGUAUGAUUUGACAACAGAAUUUUGCUCAUAUUUCGAUGUAAUAAAGUAUCAAGGAACAGAUACUUAUAAAUUGGUAAGAUUCCUUGUCUGCGGAAUUAUCUUUGAUGACUUACAAACAUGGUGCAUCAAAUUCUCUGAGAGAACAGAUACAAUUGGUCAACAUUCUUUGGAUAUGAUUUUAGUGUUGAACCAAUUACAGAGAAUUUCAAACGUUCUCAAAUCAAAGAAUCCAAAUCUCGAAGGAUUCUGUCGCCAAAUAGAAUCUGUUAUGGCAUCAGUUUUACCAUAA